AUGAAGCUGUCCUGCGCUCUCUUCUCCGCCAUCCUGGCCCUCUCCGCCUCUGCCCUCCCGGCCCCUCACAACGGUGGAAACUACGGUGGUGUUUCCGCGGCUGACCGUCGUGGAAGAAAUGCUUCCCGUGUCUCUUCCUCCGCCAUCGCCUCUGCCACCGCCGCUCCAACAGCCACAGCUGUCCCUGCUACCCCACCUCCCGCCGCCGGCGGUGGUGAAGGCGGUGAAGAAGGCGAAGAGAACGAGGUUGAACAAGAGGCCCAGUUCGGCGAGGCGGUCGAACUAGGCGGUGGCAACAUCAAAACCGAUACUCUCUUCCCUGCUGGCACCAACGGCGUCUUCGAGGUCGAAUUCCAAAAUCAAGAAGGCAGAUCCAUGAUCGUAACCGAGAACAAGUCCCCUGCCGCGCCUCCCCCCGGCUUCAAGGCCCUCGAGCCAGUCUCGUACAAGGUCGCCAUCGCUGGUGGCGGCACUGAUGGGCUGACGCUGCAGAAGAUUGACUACAUUCUUACUGCUGACAACACGCUUGAUAUCAGCGCUGGUCAGAUUGGUCGCUUCUGCCCCGAGGCCAAUGGAUUCGUCAUUGGUGCUGGUGUCGGCGAGUUGGAGUUUGAGCUCGAGGAGAAUGAGCUUACUCUUACUGUUGAUAGCUUGGUUGGCGAGUGGGGCAUCUUUGUUCCUGAUAACGCUGCUGCUGGCGGUGCUGGUGCGGGCGUUGGAGCUGAUGCUGGUGCUGGAACUGGAGCUGCCGGUGGCGCCUGCGGUGCCGGGACUACUUGCCGGGCUUUGCUUGACGCCCUUCAGCGUCUCAGUGGCCGUGCCUAA